UGGAAAAGAGACUCACUCAGGAAUAGGGGCAAAGUCGCGGGACCAGCACCAGGGAGCAACUGUGAAGGGGAAAGGCAGAAUUUUCCUUACUAUGGCUGCACCCGUCGAACUUUUGAUGCUGGAGAACUUCAUAGGUGGGAAAUUUAUACCCUGUAACUCAUAUAUAGAUUCCUACGAUCCAUCCACAGGGGAAGUGUAUUGCAAGGUGCCGAAUAGUGGGAAGGAAGAGAUCGAAGCUGCCGUCCAGGCCGCCAGAGAGGCCUUUCCUGGCUGGUCAUCCCGGAGCCCACAGGAGCGCGCGCAGGUGCUGAGCCGGGUGGCUGACUUGCUGGAGCAGUCCCUGGAGGAACUGGCGCAGGCAGAAUCUAAAGACCAAGGGAAAACCUUAACGAUGGCGAGAACCGUCGACAUCCCCCGGGCUGUACACAACUUCCGGUUCUUUGCUUCCUCCGUCCUGCACCACACGACAGAGUGCACGCAGAUGGACCACCUGGGCUGCCUGCACUACACGGUGCGGACUCCCGUGGGGAUCGUUAUAUCUGGAAACUUACCUUGGAAAAUUACAGAGAAAAGAAUGAUGCCAAGAAUAGAUUCAGAUCCCAGGACUUCAAAACGAUUACUACCUAUAACUAACAAAAAGAAAAAAAAAACCGGAAAAACCAGUGCUUUAGACUCUGGAAUUGCUGGGCUGAUCAGCCCUUGGAACCUGCCCCUCUACUUGCUGACCUGGAAGAUAGCUCCAGCCAUCGCUGCCGGGAAUACUGUGAUAGCCAAGCCCAGCGAGCUGACUUCAGUGACCGCGUGGAUGUUGUGCAAGCUCCUGGAUAAAGCAGGUGUUCCACCGGGUGUCAUCAAUAUUGUAUUUGGAACAGGACCCAGGGCAGGUGAAGCCUUGGUGUCCCACCCAGAGGUGCCCUUGAUCUCCUUCACUGGGAGCCAGCCGACCGCUGAACGGAUCACACACGUGAGUGCUCCCCACUGCAAGAAGCUCUCCCUAGAGCUGGGGGGCAAGAAUCCUGCCAUCAUCUUUGAGGAUGCUAACCUGGAGGAGUGUGUUCCAACAACCGUCAGGUCCAGCUUUGCCAACCAGGGUGAAAUCUGCCUCUGUACCAGCAGGAUCUUUGUGCAGAAGAGCAUCUACAGUGAAUUUUUAAAAAGAUUUGUAGAAGCUACCAGAACGUGGAAAGUCGGGGUCCCUUCUGACCCAUCAGCCUGCAUGGGUGCCCUGAUAAGUAAAGCACAUUUAGAGAAAGUCAGAAGUUACAUCAAGAGAGCUCAUGCUGAAGGGGCCCAUAUUCUGUGUGGAGAGGGAGUAGAUAAGUUGAGCCUUCCCCUCAGGAAUCAGGAAGGCUACUUCAUGCUUCCCACAGUGAUAACGGACAUUAAGGAUGAGUCCUGCUGCAUGCAGGAAGAGAUAUUUGGCCCUGUGACGUGUGUUGUCUCCUUCGAUACUGAAGAGGAAGUGAUUAGAAGGGCCAACAGCGUUAAGUAUGGGCUGGCAGCUACGGUGUGGUCAAGCAAUGUGGGCCGUGUCCACCGGGUGGCCAAGAAGCUGCAGUCAGGUUUGGUCUGGACCAACUGCUGGCUCAUCAGGGAGCUGAACCUGCCUUUUGGAGGCAUGAAGAGCUCAGGGAUAGGAAGAGAAGGUGCCAAGGACUCUCAUGACUUCUUCACAGAAAUCAAGACCAUCACCGUCAAACACUAACCAUUGUCCAUGGAGAACCUACUCCAGCCAACGCCCAGCAGCAGAGAAUCAGCUGUCCAAUGUGGCAAAUGGAAAUACCACCUUACAGGCCAGCCCUGUCUGCACCCUGCAGGAAGUCAUCUCGCGUUUAUCCUCAGUAGGUGGUGUUUCUCACCAGCUAGUGAAGAGAUGUGGUCUAUUUUCUGUGUUGUCUCAGAGCAGAAAAGACCUCUGAAUAGAAUGGUACAACAAAGAAGCCAAACCAUCACCAGUCUCCUCCCAUGUUAUAUCUUCAGAGUAUUUUCUCCAUCAUCUUGACUGCAUUCUUGGGAAUCCCUUAUAACCCGAUAUAGUCAUUUGCAAAUACAGAGUUAAAAAAAUCUACAAAACUGAGUAGAAGCAAUUUGCCAUUCAAUUUCUUCCUUUGAAGAGGAUGUUGAGAUGAACGUCUGCUCCAGUAGCUGCUAGUAUGGUUAAUUGAUAAUUAGUUGUAUGUACCUCAUUAUGCAGAGGGAUAAUGAUUGUCUAUGGAAUUUGUUAAAGGGGACUUAUGUUAUUGAUCAUGCUAAAUAUAUAAAAAAUAAAGCAACGACUAUACUUUCGGAUGGAAGAAAUUUGGAACACAAAGUGAAAAUAGUUUCAUUCACUUGUACCAUUAAUUUUAAUCAAUUCUAAUUCUUAUUGUAAGUAUCUAAUAGACUUACCAUUUACUAAUCCUAAAGGAAGUAAUAAAUGUUAAGUAAUUUUAGUAA